ACAUGUUUCUGCAUCAGCAGGUCACGCGACUGACAGACAACGCGUUUCACUUCUUUAAACCCAGCGCCGGUCACAGCAUCGAGAACUGCACUGCUCACAGACCCUCAGAAGAAAAAGCUAUAAAUCAUGAUUAAAUACAACUGCAGUCCAGAGCUGAAUCGCACAGACGUGGCGCUCGGUCUGUUCGAACGCGUGGCCUACACGCCUGUCUUCGUAGUGGGCCUUUUCUUCAACGUCACGGCUCUGUGCGUCUUCUGUCGUCUCAAGCGCUGGACAGACACGCACAUCUACAUGUUCAAUCUACUGCUGGCCGAUUUCCUAUCCAUUAUUUUCCUGCCCUUCAGGAUACUGGAAGCCUUUUGCCCGAUGACACCCAGCGCAUUCUGCACGUUCUUGCUUUGCACCCAGUACUCCAACAUGUACAGCAGCAUCUUCACCAUUACAGCUAUCAGCGUUCACCGGUUUAUAGCCGUCAGGUUUCCGUUUCUGAUGAAAACGCUGGCCUCCAAAAGCAAGGCGAUCGCCACUUCGAAGUGCGUCUUUAUUUGGACGGUCGUAGUGGUCGUAUGCGCUUGUAACUCUAAGGACCUCAACCAAGAACUAUUAGAGACGUGCUAUGACCGGAAACUGACAAAAAAGCUAGAACGACACUUUUUCUUGCUUUUGGAGAUUUUAGGUUAUGUUAUCCCAGUGCUCGUCGUCGUAUUUUGCUCCACACGAACCAUCUACGUCCUGAUCGGAUCCCUUAAGCAUGUCCAAGGGAGGGACAAAGCGGAAAGGAAAAACAUAGCUGCCAUCAUCACGGCGAACAUGUUCACAUUCAUUGUUUGCUUCACGCCCGUUCAUAUCGGUCUUUUGUUGCAAUAUGUAAUAUUAGAUGAUUCAUGGAAAGACUUUGUGCAUGUGUUUCUUGAUGUCACCGAGUGGAUCGCUACCACCAACUGCUGUCUGGAUUCGAUUGGCUAUUACUUUUUGCUGAAAAGAGUUAAUAAAAGGGAAAAGCGUUCAUACUGAACGUAAAAAGUUAUCUUGAGUAUAAAUUGAUCUAGAUUAGAUUAAGGAAAAUCUUUGUCAUAUGUGUGGAACAAUAUAGCCUAAUAAAGCUUAGUAGUAAAAUAUAAUAUAUAAAUACAUAUGUAAAAUAUAUGUAAAAUAUAAG